AUGGCGAAGAUUUCCAAGGAGAACCUGCUGCUCUUGUUCACGGUGCUUGGUGUUGUGAUCGGCAUCGGGCUGGGCUACUCGCUGCGAGAUCCGAACAAAGCUUGGUCAAAACGCCACCUCUCUUACCUGCGAUUUCCGGGAGAUCUGUUUGUUCAGAUGCUAAAAAUGCUCAUUCUGCCGAUGAUCAUGUCAAGUAUUAUGUGAGUUUGUUUCCAAAAUGCAAUGCCGUAGACACAUAUACAAGCAAGCGAUACCCUCUCCCUCUUGACACUCGGAGCAAUUUUCGACGAGCUGAUCUUUCAAUGACCUCUCAUAGCUUUGGACAAACGCGCGCACGGGAGGGCGCUCCCCAACUGCAAAACAGAGCAACGAGCAGGCACUAAACCCGCUGACAAAUUGCUUGCGAAAAAACUGAUACUUGGUACUUAAGGCCAACGAACACAUGUGUCUAUCUAUCCCACACCAAAGUAUAUUGAAAAGAAACAGAUACAUUUCAGUUCGAGUUUGGCAUCUUUGGACUCUGGAACAGCCGGAAGACUUGGAGUGGUUUCAAUGGUCUACUACACCCUGACAACGUUUUCUGCCGUAUUCUUGGGUCAGUCUGGAAGUUACAAAUCAGAGAUUGUGAGAUUAGUCAAACAUUCAAGAAAUCGGUCUGUGUUUGUUUACCAACUCAAGCCGGCAGAUUUUGCGCAAUUAAUAAAACAUCUCAAACACAGAUUUAUCAAUGAAAAAGUUUAAUUGGUCAUUCAUUUCAGGAAUCUUUCUGGUCACUGUGAUCAAGCCUGGUAAAUGGACAACGACCAAUGUGGAAGAUCUCGUCGGAGGUGUUAAGACGACGCCGUGUGUCGCUACUGCUGUUGACACUAUCAUUGACCUAUUCAAGUUGGUGUUUGCUUUUCUAUACUUUAAAAAUGUAUUUUAUACAGGAGUUGCUUCCCAGAGAACCUUAUCGAAGCCACCUUCCGCUCUACGAAAGUCUGCCUGAAGUUCUUCAAUGGAACCACUGAGAUCCCGCCGGAAAUUGCUAUGACCAUGUCCCCUGGUACAUCCAUUUGUCAAAUUGGGCAAACUUUAUACCGAUCCCACUUUAGAUCAGCGUGCCCAAUUCACUGAAGUGCCUGAGAAAGUAGUGUCCGACGGUAUGAACAUUCUGGGACUUGUCGUCUUCAGUGUGGGCCUCGGAAUCGUCAUCGGAAUCAUUGGGGAAGAGGGAAAACCGAUGAAGAACUUCUUCAAGAGCUUGGAGGCUUGCAGCAUGAGACUUAUCGCUUGGGUUAUCAUGUUAGCACGCACAUGAUUCAUCGCCUCCUCAUUAGCGAUUCUUCAGGUACUCUCCAAUUGGAAUCACAUUCCUCAUCGCUUCACAAAUCGUUGGAAUGAAAGACCCGGGACAAGAAUUGCAGCGUUUGAUGGGAUAUGUCAUUACCGUAAUCCUCGGCCUCCUUAUUCACGCGUUCAUCGUCAUUCCUCUUUUGUGCUUGGUGGUGGGUUCAUUCAGAUAAAUGUGAUCAAUCUAAUGUAAGUGGAUCCUUUUUCUAGCUGGCCCGCCGUAACCCCAUCAAAUUCGUCGGAGGAAUGGCUCAGGCUCUCUUGACUGCUCUGGCUACCAGUUCCAGCUCUGCUACCUUGCCACUUUCGAUCAAAUGUUGCGAGGAAAACAACAAAGUCGACCCGAGAGUCACCCGAUUUGUCCUCCCACUCGGAGCCACUAUGUUAGUUGAGAAAUAACAAUUCGCUUUUUGAAAACGUUGUCUAACUUCAGUAACAUGGACGGAACUGCCCUUUAUGAAGCUGUAGCUGCCAUUUACAUUUCGCAAUGCGUCGGAAACGAUCUGUCUUUAGGAGAGAUCAUUCUCGUGUCGCUGACAGCCACACUGGCUAGCAUCGGAGCCGCUGGAAUCCCACAAGCCGGUUAGGAAGAGCAUUAGGGACUGAAUGAUUUUCAGAAACAUUCUUUUAGGAAUUGUUACCAUGAUCAUGGUUUUGAUUGCUAUUGGUCUGCCAACCAACCUGUUCAUUCUCAUUUUCCCAGUCGACUUCAUGCUCGACAGACUGAGAACCACCGUCAACGUGCACGGAGACAGCAUUGCCACUGCGGUCAUUGAGAGACUUUGCGAGGAUCAACUCCAGAAAGGUAAUCGAGCGUUCAGUAACUAUGAAAGAAUUGUGUCCGGAACAGAAAUUGUAAAUUCAAACCAUUCAGAUACACAUAGGAGUCAGGAAAACGAUGAACAAGUGAAGUUCAUCUAAACGGUUGCCGCAUUCCAUGUAUGGGGUGCUUUGGGUGUAUUAAUGCUUUUCUGGAAGCAGAAAUCUAACGCAUGAGGUGUCUCAUGAAAGUUUUCUGUUGAUGGCUGACCAAUAACUGCUUCUUACUCUUAGUGUUUCUCUAACAAUUUUUUCUUUUCUUUUUAUGUCUUUGUAAACAUUCCGGUUUCAGGUGGUCAUCCUCGUGAGAACAACGAUCAAGGAUACAGCAUGCUCUCGACCAACGCUUCUCCGGACCCGAAACGACUUGUAAUUGGAAACAAUUGCGAGAACUCUCAUAUGUUGUAA